CUUGUUACUAUUUACUUUUGUAUUUCUGCUACGAUGUUUAUUGAUUUCUUAAUUUAACUGCGGAAAGAUGAUUGUUAUGAACUCACGAUAUGAGGAGCUUUGAAAACGGAAAAGGGACAUAUGAAGUGCUAGAGGGCCAACAGAUGCGAUUAUUAUAGCUGACCUAAUAAUAUUAGCGGGGAUAAGACUACUGUUUUUUAAGUUGGAUUUUGUGGACGAAUGAAAUUCAUUCAAUAGAUUUUUGGGUGAGGUAGUUAAAACAUCUUUCAAUUUCCCGUGAUACUUAAUUUGUCUAAAGCCUGUGAAGCAUGACAAGAAGACUGUAAUACGAACCUUUCUGAAUUAUGCAGCUGGUAUAUUCACUUUCUUUCUCUUUUCUUCUUCCCCCUUUUCACAUUUUAGCAGAGUCAUAUCCCAGAACAUCAGGAGGAAAAGAAGGAAGGGGCAGUUUCAACUAAUGGCCUCUGACAGGGAGAUUUUUAGUCUUUCAGGACCACUGAAGUUAACUGUGAUCGAUUGGUAUGGCCAUCCUUGUUAAUAAUUUGUUCGUUUAACCAUGAGUUCAAACUCAAAUGAUGCGCGCAACUUUUCUAUGGCUGGACUGGAUAUAGUUCUAAUAGGAUCUUUAAGAACCAGCAAUCAUUUGGAAGAUGAUUAACCUUUCAAAUAUCAACCAUUAGGAUGCGUUGUUGUCGGUAUUCAAGGAUCUGCUUUUCUGCCAACUAAUAGCCUUCUAUAUAUCUCAUGAUCAGAAGCAAGAAAAUUUUGACAAAUGCCCAUCAUAGGAGGUCCAUUGCGGCUAGCUUGGUUCAGGGUGUCUACAUUCUUGAACGUGAUCGGCAGGAGAACCGGCAAAGCGCAAAUGCUCUUGCUUCUCCUUGGUGGGAAUUCUUUAAUUUCCAGCUAGUCCAUGUGCUUGUGGAUCCUGAUGAUCUGUCGUUCUUUGGCUCCAUUUACGAACUGAGACUAUCUCAUUCCUCUUGCAACUAUUUGGCUCAAACUCCUCCCAGAUACGUCGUUGCUUUCAGAGGCACAAUCACUAAACCAGGCAGCAGGUCACAGGAUCUCAAGUUGGAUCUCCAGUUCAUGAAAAACAAACUUCAGCACAGCUCCCGUUUCCACCUUGGGUUGCAAGCCGUUCAGAAUAUUGUUUCUAAAGCUGGAGGUGCCAGUAUCUGGUUAGCUGGUCACUCUUUGGGCUCAGCAAUAGCGUUACUUGUUGGAAGGAAUAUGGUUAAGUUGGGUUAUCAUCUUGAAACAUACCUGUUCAAUCCACCUUUCGCUUCUCUUCCACUCGAAAAGAUAAAGAAUGAGAAGUUGAAGCAUGGCGCCCGCAUUGCAGUGAGUGUCAUCACUGCUGGGCUUGCAGCUGCAGUGAAGCUUAACAGCCAAAAGCCACAUCAGGACGAUGAAUUUCGUGUUUUGUCUGCUUGGAUACCGUACUUGUUUGUCAAUGCAUCUGAUCCUAUUUGCUCCGAAUAUCUUGGGUAUUUUACACACAGGGAGAAGAUGAUGACAAUUGCCGGUGGCAAAAUUGGAAGGAUUGCAGCACAGAACUCCAUUGCGAGUAUCAUAUCCACGGCUAGGGGGAACAAGAGCGAAGCGUGUCAUCUCCUUCCUUCUGCAUAUGUAACGACUAAUCUCGGCCCUUGUCAGGAUUUUAAGCAAGCUCAUGGAAUUCACCAAUGGUGGAGACCAGAUCUUCAUCUCGAGUACAAGCUGCAUCAGUACAGAUGAAAUUUGUUGAUUUUGAAGGAAACGGCCGACAACUCCUUUUGGGGAACCUGAGUCAAUUGCUAGUCUGUGUUGGUAAAAAAAGACUAGCGCGUGCUUUGUCACAUCCAUCUUGGGAUUUGUUUCUCCAAAAUUCAUUUGUUCAUUCAUUGUUAAGCUGGCCAAACUCGUACCUUAAAUUAAUUGUAAGAUUUGCCCUUGAUUCAAACGACACCAGCCAUUCUUGAACUAUCAAGCAUGAGCAUGGGCACAAUGGAAGAUCUAUUUAAUUGGAGUAUUUGCUUGUCGAGUGAUAGAGUGGUUAUUUUAUUUGA